GGGGAUUGAGAAGAAAGCCAGGUACGCUUCUUCGUCUUCAAGUCUUCGGCCGUUAUUUUAUGAUCGAUCUCUCGCCAACUUGAUUUUCCCGUCUCUUUCGCCAUUUUCAUUUAAUUGGCUUUGCCAAUCGUUAUCUCAGGCACUGAUUGCGUCGAUUCUGCCUCGAAAAAAAUUGAGAUUCGCCAUGGCUAAAAGCUCGUUCAAGCUCGAACACCCUCUAGAAAGGAGACAAGCUGAAGCUGUUCGCAUCAGGGAGAAAUACCCGGAUAGGAUUCCCGUGAUUGUGGAGAAAGCAGAAAGGAGUGACAUUCCUGACAUUGAUAAGAAGAAGUACCUCGUCCCUGCUGAUCUGACUGUUGGGCAGUUUGUUUAUGUUAUCCGGAAAAGGAUUAAGCUUAGCUCUGAGAAGGCGAUUUUCAUCUUUAUAAAAAACACACUACCUCCAACUGCUGGUUUGAUGUCAGCAAUCUAUGAUGAAAACAAGGAUGAAGAUGGUUUUCUUUACAUGACUUACAGUGGGGAGAACACCUUUGGAUUCUGAUUGCUUCAAAUCAAAGUUCAUCUCCCUGUAAAUAGAGCUUAAAAAGCUGUAAAUUCUCCCUGCCUUCUUUCUUUCCCUUUGCCAGUAAUGUUAGUGCCAUUUAAGACUUAAUUUAAGUGUUGGAUUCUGGAUUUGUUGGUGUUCUCCCCCGCCCCAACUAGAAACAAACGUGGGUGUCUGCUUGGUGAGACUCCAUACGUCCAGAUUCACCGGUGUCUAUUCCAUGGAAUUAUCAGAUGUUUCUGGAAAUUUUAUUUUCACGUUUGCUUCAUCAAAAUGUUAGCGACAUUUAAUCAUUCACGAUAAUCUAGUGUUUUAAGUCG